GCUCGCAGAUGUCAUGUGAAAACCCGCAUGCUGGCCUUACCGCACAACUGAAGAGUCCGAGCACCGCUUCACGCACCUCUGGAAUGGUUUUGCACAGUAGUCACCCACUUUGACGAGACCAAACUACACUACCGAGGAUUUUGUUUCUUUCUGUUUGUUUCUUCAUGACUGACGCGUUCGGGAGCGAGUCGCCAACACUAUGCGAGCCCAAAUUGAAGUCAUACCAUGCAAAAUCUGUGGAGAUAAGUCAUCAGGCAUCCACUAUGGAGUCAUCACAUGUGAAGGCUGUAAGGGUUUCUUUCGGCGGAGUCAACAAAACAACGCCUCCUACUCCUGUCCCCGCCAGCGCAACUGCCUGAUCGACCGAACAAACCGCAACCGCUGCCAGCACUGCCGCCUACAAAAGUGCCUGGCCUUGGGCAUGUCCCGGGAUGCUGUGAAGUUUGGCCGCAUGUCAAAGAAGCAGAGGGACUCUCUGUACGCAGAGGUCCAGAAGCACCAGCAGAGGCUGCAGGAGCAGCGGCAGCAGCAGACGGGUGAAGCAGAAGCCCUCGCUCGCGUUUACUCCUCCAGCCUCACCAACGGCCUCAGCACCCUCAACCACGAGAUUGGAGGAACGUACGCCAACGGUCACGUCAUAGACAUGCCCAAGGGCCAGGCAAACGGCGUUCCCGGUGGAUACUACGGCAUGGACUCCACACAGGCCAGCCCGGAUCAGUCUGGACUCGACAUAACUGGCAUGAAACAGAUCAAACAGGAACCCAUAUAUGAUCUCACUCCCGUUCCCAACCUUUUCACCUACGGCUCCUAUCAAGACAGCCAGCUCGCACCUGGAGUGUCUAUGGGGGAAUUAGACCGAAUUGCACAGAACAUCAUAAAGUCCCACCUGGAGACGUGUCAGUACACAGCGGAGGAGCUUCAGCAGCUCGCCUGGCAGACGCACUCUUACGAGGAGGUCAAGAUGUACCAAAGCAAGACACGGGAUGUCCUGUGGCAGCAGUGUGCUAUACAGAUCACUCAUGCCAUUCAGUAUGUGGUAGAGUUUGCCAAGCGCAUCACUGGCUUCAUGGAGCUUUGUCAGAAUGACCAGAUAUUGCUACUGAAAUCAGGUUGUCUGGAGGUUGUGCUGGUCCGAAUGUGUCGUGCAUUCAAUCCACUCAACAACACGGUUCUGUUCGAGGGGAAAUACGGAGGCAUGCAGAUAUUCAAAACUUUAGGCUGCGAUGACCUGGUCAGUGCGGUGUUUGACUUUGCCAAGAGUCUGUGUUCACUGCAGUUAACAGAAGAGGAGAUCGCCUUGUUUUCUGCUGCAGUGCUCAUUUCUACAGACCGGCCGUGGUUAAUGGAGCCCAGAAAAGUGCAGAAGCUACAAGAAAAAAUCUACUUUGCCCUGCAGCACAUCAUGCAAAAGAACCAUCUGGACGAGGAUGCGCUGGCCAAGCUGAUCAGCCGGAUCCCGACCCUGUCUGCUCUCUGCACUCUGCACACGGAGGAGCUUCAGGCGUUCCAGCAGCUUCACCCAGAGACUGUCAACAUGCUGUUUCCCCCGCUGUACAAAGAGCUCUUCAACCCAGACGCUGCCGCCGUCAUGCCCAAAUGACCACGCACAGUUCGCUAAACUCUUUCUUUCAACAGAGGAGGAACACUGUGUCGCAGCAGCCGCAACAAAUAAACUAACUCUUGGAAUGUCCUGCACUUCAGAAACACAACUCAUUUUCACCGGUACAGUCAUAAGAAUGUAUAUACGCGCCAGCAGGCGUCUUCAGUAUGACCAGAAAUGUACAGACUUUAGGACAAUUUAAGCUGUCUUUAAAUUGGGUAAGUUAAUUCUCUCUCUCUUUUUGGUUUUGUUUUAUAAAAUAUUGUUAUAUUGAAAUGAGAAGGAAGGGAGUGCAUUCAAAAAUGAUAAUGUAGUCAUUUCUCUAGAACAAAGGCGGUAUUCCAGUAUUAAUUUUUUUCUGGUAAUAUUUUAGUCAUAAUUUAAAAACAACGGUGGCCUCAAAGGCCCGUAUCUUGUCUAUGUAAUUUUUGGUAUUUGUUUUUUGUAGUUUUACCUGUACAGAAUAUGUGAACUUGAAAGUGGUACAAGGUUAACGGGGGACUAACUAACUGUUUGGCCACGUUUAAAAAAAGAAAAAAGAAAAGAAAAAAAGCCUUGUCUGGGCUAUGUAGAUAUGUAUAAACAGCACCACAACAUCAAUCCUACACUUUAGGAUUUUUCGAUGUGGAUGAAUAAUUGAUAAAGGAUACUUUUCCGUAUGAAAGUAUAGAGAUAUAUAUUUUACAAUAAUAUGGUAUGGCCGAUUACCAUCUUGUCAGUCAUUGCUGCAAUAACAGUUUCUAUAAUAACUGCUGAAAAACAAUCCAGUCAAAUGUGACUAUGGAAAGCCCUCAGAACUGCUUUGAAUCUAUUUCAAAAAAUAAAAAAAUCUAUGAAAUGCUGUUCACACUGCCAAAACUACUGGAAAACAGCACUAAUGUAAUAGGGCUGAAGCCCUCUUUCCGACUAGUAGAGUUCAAUCAUAUUUCUGCUGCCUUUAUAAUAGAUUCUCUGACUUGAGCAAUAAUGUAUCAUUUUUAAUUACAUUCCCAGAUCAGACUAGCAAAUUCUGAAUUUAUUCUGCAUUUGAAUACCAAUUUAUUUAGUAAAUCAAAUGCUUUCACUGCUCAAAAUCAAAUUGCAUUUUCCAAAAGGUAGCACUUAUGCAGUUUAAGCUAUCAAUUGGAACACCAGGAUCAUUCAUUAAUUUUUCACAUU